CAUGAAGGCAGCGCUGGUUUUCACUGUGUUGGCCGUGUUCUGGCAGCAGUGUCUGGUUAGGGGUCAUGUUCUGGGAAGGCCCUCGCUCACCAGUAACUUGGACCAGCUGAAGACGCUGCUGGAGCGCUUUGAGGAGUCUCUGGCUGAAGAAGCUCGGAAGGAAGAGCUGGAUGCCGAUUAUGAAGAGACGAACCAGGAGCCCGAACAAAGCCAGACCAGCCGGGGUUGGAGCCUGGACCCUGAGGGCGAUCGAGACAAUCAGAUGCCAGAAGCAGCCCAGCCGUCAGCUGUGGGUCAGAGCCGGACGGCGAGCCAGAGAAACCGCCUGAAAGACCUGCUGCUGUCCCUCGGGAAGCGGGCCUCCAGCUGCUUCGGAGCCAGGAUGGAUCGAAUAGGAAACGUCAGCGGCCUGGGAUGCAACAGUGCAAGAGGGUAGCCUGAAAGCUUCUCGGUCCGGAUGCUGGAUUCACUCUGAGCCUGAAGAUCCAGCUGAGGACAUCCAUGACUCCGUUGUCCUGCUCUGGGGAAGACUAACUGUUGUGAAUGUAAAUACGUGUGUCUCACCGUGUGACGUGGAAACGUGUGUCCGCCAUGUCCACAGACGGCGUUAUAUAGUUAUCAGUGCCGAACGUGUGAAAAGAAUUCAACGUUUUCCUCUGGUUUUCUAAUACAAACACGUAAAAUGAAAAAUAAAUGACUUUUUUUACAUGAAGUGUUCAGUGGAUCUUGUAGCACAACAUUACAGCUCUGCAAAAAUAAAAAGGUUGCUUGAGUGGAGUGAUAGUUUUGUGGUCCUAAUUAGGUUGUAUUAUUUAACCACUGACUGUGGCUCUUGAUAACUACAUGAAGAACCAACCAGUGUUUUUAAAUGUAUAUAUGAUGGCAACACAUGGCUGAGUGUUUUUUCUGUCUUUUCAUGGAAUAAUUGCUGUGACUUUCCACAACAGAAUGACUAAUAAAGUGCCGAUAAUGCUUU